AUGGAGAACCAAGAAGACCGACUAGAAGGGCCUGCAGUAUGGCAAGAUCCAGCGCUGCACCGUUUUCAUUCGCAGUCGCAUUUUUCUCACCAACCUCAUCCUACGUCUUCUCUGCCAUCCCUGGACGCAACAGGUGAUGGAGUCGUUGAUGAACAUCAAGAGGAGGAGGAUGACUACAUCUCUGGCAUCGGAGCUUUUGACUUACAGGGAGAUGCGCCGAAUAAUGACUUCACGCUUCGCUCGGCGCUGGUGGGUCUAGCAAUCGGCGCGCUCAUCUGCCUGACCAACACCUACUUCGGCCUCCAGAGUGGCUGGAUCACCAUGGCUUCGUUACAAGCAGCGCUGAUCGGCUUUGGGGUGUUUAGGCUACUCGAAUUACCCAUAGAAUUUUUCAGGCGCACGAGCAACCGCUUCUUCGCUGGCAACGACCGGUCACACUGGCAAUGGCGCCGUUUCACGCCACAAGAAAACUGCGUAGUGCAAGCUACAGCGGUAGCCGUCGGUGGCAUGCCACUCUCGGCAGGGCUCGUGGGAAUCUUACCUGCGCUGGCUAAGCUAGACCCGAAGAAAGACGGUGCAGAGCCGAUAGACCUAGGUUGGUGGAGACUGCUUGGUUGGACCGCCUCGUGCGCAUAUUUUGGUAUCAUGUUCGCCAGCCCGCUGAGGUUGCCGAUGAUCAUCAAAGAGAAGUUGCGCUUUCCAAGCGGUACGGCGACAGCACAACUCAUCAGCGUGCUCCAUCGCAAACCGCUAGCGAUAGGCGAGGGCAUAGGAGGUGGCAGCGCAUCCGUAUCUACGCCCGCCGUCAAUGGCCCACCAAGGAGCGCAAGGCGAGCGCAUAGAUCCUUACAACAAUCGCACAGCUUUCCUGCAGAGCCGUCCGCAGAUACCACCGCGCAGAUGCCUUCUGAAGGUACAGAAGUCGUGAACGGCACAUCUGGCUGGAUUGCACUCUCCAUCUCGUUUGCCCUCUCUGCGACAUUCACGAUCGUCUCCUUCUUCGUUCCUGUGCUUUACGCCAUCCCAGUCUUUGACUUAUUCUCACCGCACCACAACCUCGCCAGCAAAUGGGGUUGGUGGUUCACCCCAUCGUUUAGCUACAUUGGCCAAGGUGUCAUCAUGGGACUACCGACUACUGUCAGCAUGACUGCCGGCGCCUUUGUUGGGUGGGGCGUGCUGAGCCCGCUAGCAACCCAUUUGGGUUGGGCCAAGGGGAAUCCGUUGGAUGGGGACGAAGGCGCAAAGGGCUGGAUUGUGUGGGUCUCGCUUGCUAUCAUGUGUAGCGAAUCUAUCAUCGGCUUGAUUACGCUUGGCGCCGCGCACGGCUUCGCUGAUUUCCAAGCAUGGUUCUCCGACCAUUCGAAGCAUGACGGCUACGCGCAGCUGCCCACAUCUUCCAGAGAUGCGGACAGCGCAGAUGGCCAUGGCGGAGAAGGCGCCUCGCUUCCGACCCUACACGACGAGUACGAGCCUCCCUCGCGCCUAGUGCCUGCGUCAUGGACAGCAUGGGGCUUGGCGAUUUCAACUCCCGGGGCAAUUGUACUCAUUCACCUAGCUUUCGGCUCACAAGGGAUUGCAUGGUGGGCGACUUUUCUUGCCAUUGUGCUAUCCUCUUUCCUUGCAGUUCUCGCCGUCCGUUCACUCGGCGAGACAGACCUGAACCCCACCUCAGGACUUGGCAAGAUCAGCCAACUGAUUUUUGCGCUCAUCCAACCGGGCAACGUCGUCGCGAACCUGAUCGCUGGUGGAAUUGCUGAGGCUGGAGCUAUGCAGGCUGGUGACCUCAUGCAGGACCUCAAGACGGGGCACCUCGUUGGUGCUUCUCCACGCUCGCAAUUCUACGGCCAGAUCCUCGGAAGCACAUUCGGCAUCUUUGUCUCAGUCUUUGCGUACAAACUCUACACGACUGCUUAUGUCAUCCCUGGGCCAGAGUUCCCGGCACCGACCGCGGCCAUGUGGCUUAACCUCGCCCGCCUGGUUAACCACGGCCACCUACCCGAUCACGUCGGUACGUUCAUGAUCGUCGCCGCAGCACUUUUCGCGGCUACGGGCAUUGUGCGGACGCUAGCGAGGGCCAAGAAGAUGACUGAGAUGAAUAACGCGCAGCAACAGCCGAGGUGGGUCGCGUUCGCCGACUACCUUCCGAGCGGCAUCGCCUUUGCCGUUGGGAUUCUCAACACGCCCAACUUCUCUAUUGCGCGUCUCAUUGGUGGUCUCAUCGCUGCGUACCACGUGCGGCGCGGCCAGCAAUCAACCACCACCUCUGCACGGAAGCCUAGUGCUUUAGACACUGCGCUACCCGGCUUCAUGAUUAUUGUCGUCGCCUCUGGCUUCGUGCUCGGCGAAGGAGGCGCCUCGAUUGCAAAUCUGCUCAUGAAGCAGGGCGGUGCGCAACCUCUCACUUGCUGGGGUUGCCGCGGGGGCUGCUCAGGAUCGUGCGCGUAA